CGGACGCGCGCGAGUGAAGAAAGAGUGCUCGCUCUCCUUUCAAGAAAAAAAAAAAAAAAAAAACAACGCUUAAAACCGUAAUUACACCGCAUAAUCACAUCAACAUACAUGACAUUUUAUUUCCACGUUCCCAACAGUUUACAGAAAUCGCCCAUAGAGAAACAGGGCCAGAGAGGAGAAGAUCAGGGAUGGAUGUGAAAGAUCAAGGAGCGCAGAUGGAGCCGCUGCUUCCUGCGAGGCAUGAUGAGGAAGCUGUGCUGGAUAGGGGUGGGACUCGAUCCAUGCUCAACACCAAUUUUGAGAAAGAGGAACUAGAAGGUCACCGUACCCUCUACAUUGGGGUGCAUGUACCUCUGGGUCGGAGGUCACACAGAAGGCAUCGUCACCACGGCCACCGCCACAGGAAGAGGUCACGGGAGAGAGACUCUGGAACCGAAGAUGGCAGGGAAUCUCCAUCAUUCACGGACACACCAUCUCAGCGUGUGCAGUUCCUGUUGGGUAUGGAGGAUGACGAGGAGCACAUUCCUCAUGCGCUCUUUACUGAGCUGGACGAGAUCAGCCUGAAAGAGGGAGAGGAUGCGGAGUGGAAAGAGACGGCCAGAUGGUUGAAAUUUGAGGAGGAUGUGGAGGAUGGAGGGGAGAGGUGGAGUAAGCCAUAUGUUGCUACUCUCUCCCUGCACAGCCUGUUUGAGCUGCGGAGCUGCAUCCUCAACGGCAACGUCAUGCUGGACAUGAGGGCUAGCUCAUUGGAGGAGAUCGCAGAUAUGGUUCUGGACCAACAUGAGAUGUCAGGUGUUUUGGGAGAGGAGGUGAGGAAAAAGAUCCGAAAUGCCCUUCUUAAACAGCACCACCAUCAGAACCAGAAGAAACUAGCCAACCGGAUCCCCAUCGUUCGCUCUUUUGCAGAUAUCGGCAAGAAGCAGUCUGAGCCACACUCCAUGGACAAGAAUGUUAUCGUCAUGACCCAUCCACUUCCAAGUCCCCACUCCUCUCUCUGGUCUAGCUUCAGCCGAAUUGUGAGAGACAGUCAGGUGCUCUUAUGCCCAGCCUGGUCCCAUCGCUGUCCCAAGUGUGUGUCCACUCACAAGAAACCCCAUCCAUGCCCUUCUGCCCCCCCUGCCCCAGACAACUCACACUUCCGCCCUACAAAAGCCCACAUCCCCUUCAGCAAGCGACUCAGCCUGCCUUAUGGCUAUCACGAGAUACCCAACCUUGACCCUGAGGAAGAGCCACCAUCAGGUCAGAUGGUGUCCCCUCAAGCUCAACCCGCCAGUACAGAAGGACGUGGGGAAGGCAGUCGUGAGAACAGUGCUGUCGACUUCAGCAAGAUAGACCUCCAUUUCAUGAAGAAGAUCCCACCGGGGGCCGAGGCUUCCAACAUCCUGGUGGGUGAGCUGGAGUUUCUGGAGAAACCUGUGGUGGCCUUCAUCCGUCUGUCCCCCGCUGUGCUGCUCAACGGGCUGGCAGAGGUUCCUAUCACAACCAGGUUUCUUUUUAUUCUGUUGGGGCCGAUGGGGAAGGGCCCUCAGUACCACGAGAUCGGCCGUUCCAUCGCCACGCUCAUGACAGAUGAGGUGUUCCAUGACGUGGCUUAUAAAGCAAAGGAUCGCGUUGAUCUUGUGGCAGGAAUUGAUGAGUUUUUGGACCAGGUGACUGUGCUGCCCCCGGGCGAGUGGGAUCCUACUAUCAGAAUAGAGCCACCCAAAAAUGUGCCCUCUCAGGAGAAGCGUAAGGUUCCUCCUCUGGCCAAUGGAGGGGCAGAUUUGGGGGAAGCCGAGGAGCAUGGAGGUCAUGGAGGACCAGAGCUACAGCGCACAGGGAUGUUAUUUGGUGGGCUUUGGUGGGAUAUUAAGCGUAAGGCUCCUCACUACCUGUCAGAUUACACAGACGCCAUCAGUCUGCAGUGUCUGGCCUCUUUCCUCUUUCUCUACUGUGCCUGUAUGUCUCCUGUUAUCACCUUUGGAGGCCUGCUAGGAGAAGCUACAGAAGGACGCAUAAGUGCGAUAGAGUCUCUGUUUGGAGCAUCUAUGACAGGAAUAGCGUAUUCUUUGUUUUCUGGGCAGCCCCUUACUAUUCUGGGCAGCACAGGGCCAGUCUUGGUCUUUGAGAAAAUCCUCUACAAAUUUUGCAAAGAGUAUGGUUUGUCCUACCUCUCCUUGCGUGUGUGCAUCGGUCUAUGGACUGCCUUUUUCUGUCUGUUGCUGGUUGCCACAGACGCAAGUUCGCUGGUGUGUUAUAUAACUAGAUUCACAGAGGAAGCCUUUGCUUCUCUCAUCUGCAUCAUAUUCAUCUAUGAAGCUCUGGAGAAACUCAUCCAUCUGGGAGAGACGUACCCUUUCAACAUGCAUAACGACCUCAACAAACUAACUCAGUACUCGUGUGUGUGCACAAUGCCCGAAGAGCCCAGCAAUGCCACACUGCGAUACUGGCAGGACAAAAACAUCAGUGCAUCUGAGAUCGACUGGUUGAGCCUAGAUGUCAAGGGCUGUUUAGAGAACAAGGGUGAGUUUGUAGGCAGUGCCUGUGGUCAUCAUGGUCCGUACAUCCCUGACGUUCUCUUCUGGUCUGUCGUGCUCUUCUUCUCAACGGUUGCAAUGUCCUCCUUCCUCAAGGAGUUCAAAACCAGCCACUACUUCCCCACUAAGGUGAGGGCAGUGAUAAGUGAUUUUGCGGUUUUCAUCACCAUUAUGACAAUGGUUUUGAUUGACUACGCCCUUGGAAUCCCCUCCCCCAAACUACAGGUCCCUAAUGAGUUUAAACCAACCAGAGAUGACCGUGGCUGGUUCAUCAGCCCCCUGGGGCCAAACCCAUGGUGGACCAUUAUUGUGGCCUUCAUCCCAGCUCUCCUAUGCACCAUCCUCAUCUUCAUGGACCAGCAGAUUACUGCCGUCAUCAUUAACAGGAAGGAACACAAGCUGAAGAAAGGCUGUGGGUACCAUUUGGAUCUGUUUGUGGUGGCUGUGAUGUUGGGCGUGUGCUCUUUGAUGGGCCUGCCUUGGUUUGUGGCCGCAACGGUUCUUUCGAUCUCUCACGUGAACAGCCUAAAGCUAGAGUCUGAAUGCUCGGCCCCAGGUGAACAGCCCAAGUUCUUGGGCAUCAGAGAGCAGCGUUUCACUGGUCUCAUGAUAUUCCUGCUUAUGGGCUGCUCUGUAUUCAUGACCUCCUUACUAAAGAACAUCCCGAUGCCUGUGUUGUAUGGAGUUUUCCUCUACAUGGGUGCAUCAUCUCUCAGGGGCAUACAGUUCUUUGAUCGUCUGAAGCUAUUCGGGAUGCCAACAAAACACCAGCCAGAUUUUAUCUAUCUGAGACACGUCCCCCUGAGAAAGGUCCAUAUGUUCACCACCAUCCAGCUCACCUGCCUGGUGCUUCUUUGGGUCAUCAAAACCUCCAGAGCUGCCAUUGUCUUUCCUAUGAUGGUGUUAGCACUGGUGUUCAUUCGUAAGCUGCUGGACUUUGUGUUUUCGAAGCGAGACCUCAGCUGGCUUGAUGACCUCAUGCCUGAGAGCAAGAAGAAAAAAAUGGAAGAUGCACAGCAAGAGGAGAAUCAGUGCGUCUUAAUGGAGGAUGAAGGGAUCGUACAAGUGCCCCUAGAAGGGCAUUACAAGGAUGACCCAUCCACCGUCAACAUUUCAGAUGAAGUGACAAAGGCAUCUUUUGGAAAUGUCUGGAACAGCCUCACCACUGACAGUGCCAAAAAAGAUCAAAGCUCAAAAAGCUCAAUUGUUGAAGGUGCCAUGAAACAUGAGCAAGAUGACGAAGAGAAGACAGAUUUGGAUAGAGAGACGAGUUUGUGAGUUCACAUUUGAAAAAACACUCUGUAUUGUGCCACACUUAAAGCACCAGUGUGUGCAUCUGUUCUUUAGGUUGUGUGUGCCAGUAUGUGUUAAGGCAUUACAUGUUUUGUGUGUGUGUGUGUGUGUGUGUGUGUGUGUGUGUGUGUGUGUGUGUGUGGAGAUGUCUUGAGCAUUUGAAUAUGUGUACGAAUUUGCUGCCCAGGGGGAUUGUAGGAUUGUGUGUUUUCCAGUUUAAUGGUCCAAUGUAGUUUCACCUAUAGAAAUAAAAAAAGGAUUACUUUUGUUUUAACACAGUAGAGUGUAUUUUGUAUGUUUUAUAUUUUUUGACAGUAGAUCCUAUUGAAAUUGUUUGUCUUAUAGCCUGAAUAUAAUGUUUAUUAUAUAAAAUUCAUUCUUUUUUAUUAUGCAUCAAUGAUAAAUAUUAAUUUGCAGGCAUAGUUAAAUUAUCAUAAUACUCAUUAAAAAGCUGUUUCUAAUGGAAGAUGCAAACCUAAUUAUAUUAAACAGAACUUAUCACAUCAUGCUUGUUAAAUGUCUUUGUAAUUGUCAAAAUGUUCUCCACAUCACUUCAUAAGGUACUUGAUGUUAACAUUUACUACUUGCAAACUAUGACUAAUAUUUAUAAAGUACUUUUAUGAACAAAUUUUUUUUUUUUUUUUGUGAAUUUUAGUGUAAUAUUUCACUAAAACAAAUAUAUGAGCCAGGACUGUGCUCAUUUUAGCCUACAAAACAUUCUCUUGUACUCCUUCUCUAAGAAUUAUUAUUAUUUUUGUUGUUGAAAAUGAUUUAUAAAAAGCUUUAUCUCAUGUUUGAAACAUUCUGUGUAGCACUUAACCAAGCAAAUAAUAGUAAAUAUAUAUUUUGUUAAAAUGCUUCAAACUGUAUAGUGCUGUCUUCACAAUGUUUCUGAGUGACAGCGCAUCUGUCUCCUCUACAAGACUCAAUUCCAAGCUGUGAAAAGACCUCAUGACCCAAAUGAACUGGUUAUAUAACUGCCGAUAAUACAAAACUCAUACAAGAAAUGCAAUAAUAAUCCUUUUCAUAAGAGGGGCAUUAUACCAUGUACUUACCAGAAACAAAUCUGACAUUUAUCAUCAACACACGUACAUGCGAUUAUGUAUCUUGUCUAUGUGUAUAAUAUUAAAUAACAAAGUUAUUUAAUGUAUGGAUAGAUUUAAAUAUGUAUAGAGUGGGUGGGGGUGGGGAGUGGGGAUUAAUGUUUUCAUGUUAAUGUCAGUGUUAUUACAGUGUUUGUUGACAAAAUUACACUCGCAUUUGACAGACACACACAUCUAUGUAUGAUAAGUUUGAAGUUUUGUUAAUAUCACUGUAAAAUAAGCAUUACUUCCUGAAAAAAAACUUCUGUUGUUUAUUAAAUUGUAUCACUACAACUGUGAGACAUUUUUAUCAGAUUAAAUGUGACUGCAAAUAAA